AUUCAAGCGUUUAGAAUGGAUCGCCUUUCCAUUCUGCUCUUGGUUCUUGGAUUCUCCCGGAUCCAGGCUCUUUUCUGUGGUGGGUCAAUGGCGAAAGAGUGCGUACAGCGAAACCGUUGCCGUAUUGGUACCGAAACGGGAAGACCAAUCAUAGAUUUUAGAGGACUUAAUAACGGUAAUCAGGGAUGUGAAUCUGGCCAAACCUGCUGCCCGAAAACGGAAAUAUUACAAUAUCCAGUACAGGCUGACAAUCAACCGCUACCUACUGAAUGUGGCCACGUGAACCGUAUAGGAGUGGGCUUCACCAUAACUAACGCGAGAGACAUCGCACAGAAAGGCGAACUGCCAUGGAUGGUGGCCCUGCUCGAUUCCAGAAGCCGUCUACCGUUAGGCGGCGGCUCCCUAAUUACGCGGGAUGUGGUGCUUACAUCAUCUACGAAAACUUUGGAAGUUCCUGAGAAAUAUCUUAUUGUGAGGGCUGGCGAAUGGGACUUUGAAAGCAUCACCGAGGAGCGAGCACAUGAGGACGUUGCGAUCAGGAAGAUCGUACGACAUACCAAUCUCAGUGUCGAAAAUGGUGCCAAUAAUGCGGCCCUUCUGUUCCUCGCUAGACCGCUAAAACUAGACCAUCACAUAGGUCUCAUUUGUUUGCCGCCGCCGAAUCGAAACUUUAUCCAUAAUCGCUGCAUCGUCAGUGGCUGGGGCAAAAAAACAGCCUUGGACAACAGUUACAUGAAUAUCCUGAAAAAGAUCGAGUUGCCAUUGGUGGACAGAUCUGUGUGUCAAACGAAACUGCAAGGACCCUACGGCAAAGACUUCAUUCUCGAUAACAGCCUAAUAUGUGCCGGCGGAGAACCUGGCAAGGAUACGUGCAAAGGCGAUGGAGGUGCCCCACUUGCCUGCCCACUGCAAAGCGAUCCUAACCGGUACGAACUGUUGGGAAUCGUAAACUUUGGAUUCGGAUGUGGAGGGCCACUUCCUGCUGCCUACACUGAUGUUUCCCAAAUUCGAAGCUGGAUUGAUAAUUGUAUCCAAGCGGAAGCAGUCCACUAUUCUCCUCAGUUGGGAAAUGUAGGCCAAUCACCUGCUCCACUCGAUCGCUAUAUACCAAAUAUAGGCCUAGAAACUCAAAAUGAAGUCCACAGCCCGGUUCAAGGAUCUCUCCAUAAUGUCGUAUAUCAAACUGGUGGUGUUGGAUAUAUUCGAGGUAUGGGCCAAGGAACUGCUUUCCAAGGACCAGUUCAAGUUGGAGAACUUAUUCCGAACGAAGGCACCGUAUCUGGCGGACUUGUAUAUGAUUCAAAUGAAAUCCAAAAAUUUAAUCAAGGUGGAAUAUACAUUCCACAUGUAGGCCAAGGAAAUAGUGACAAUAGAUAUUAUCCAAAUCCGGAAAUCGGAGCAGUUCCAGUCGGAAAUCCUAUUCCGAAUGAAGGCAAUGCAUUUGGCGGUCGUGGAUAUGAUUUUAAUGAAAUCCAAAAACAUAAUCAAGGUGGGAGAUACAUUCCACAUGUAGGUCAUGGAAAUGGUCCCAAUGCACCUAAAGAACCUCUUAAAAUCGGAGGAAAUAUUCCAAAUGUAGGCCAAGGAAACAGGGGUAAUAGAUAUGAUCUAAAUCCUGAAAUCGGAGCAGUUCCAGUCGGAAAUCCUAUUCCGAAUGAAGGCAAUGCAUUUGGCGGUCGUGGAUAUGAUUUAAAUGAAAUCCAAAAACAUAAUCAAGGUGGAAGAUACAUUCCACAUGUAGGUCAUGGAAAUGGUCCCAAUGCACCUAAAGAACUUCUUAAAAUCGGAGGAAAUAUUCCAAAUGUAGGCCAAGGAAACAGAGGGAAUAUAUAUGAUCCAAAUCCGGAAAUCGGAGCAGUUCCAGUCGGAAAUCCUAUUCCGAAUGAAGGCAAUGCAUUUGGCGGUCGUGGAUAUGAUUUAAAUGAAAUCCAAAAACAUAAUCAAGGUGGAAGAUACAUUCCACAUGUAGGUCAUGGAAAUGGUCCCAAUGCACCUAAAGAACCUCUUAAAAUCGGAGGAAAUAUUCCAAAUGUAGGCCAAGGAAACAGAGGGAAUAUAUAUGAUCCAAAUCCGGAAAUCGGAGCAGUUCCAGUCGGAAAUCCUAUUCCGAAUGAAGGCAAUGCAUUUGGCGGUCGUGGAUAUGAUUUAAAUGAAAUCCAAAAACAUAAUCAAGGUGGAAGAUACAUUCCACAUGUAGGUCAUGGAAAUGGUCCCAAUGCACCUAAAGAACCUCUUAAAAUCGGAGGAAAUAUUCCAAAUGUAGGCCAAGGAAACAGAGGGAAUAGAUAUGAUCCAAAUCCGGAAAUCGGAGCAGUUCCAGUCGGAAAUCCUAUUCCGAAUGAAGGCAAUGCAUUUGGCGGUCGUGGAUAUGAUUUAAAUGAAAUCCAAAAACAUAAUCAAGGUGGAAGAUACAUUCCACAUGUAGGUCAUGGAAAUGGUCCCAAUGCACCUAAAGAACCUCUUAAAAUCGGAGGAAAUAUUCCAAAUGUAGGCCAAGGAAACAGAGGUAAUAGAUAUGAUCUAAAUCCUGAAAUCGGACAUGCCACAUUUGGUGCAACCGGUACCGGAAUGCAAGGAAAUAAUAUAGAUAAUCCAUAUAAAAACAAUCUUGGUGACAGAGCAGAAAAUGAAUUGGAAAGGUUUCCUCUUGAAAAUCCCAAUAGGGAUCAUGUUAUCAGGCUUAGUGAUUUUUUAAUCACAACGCCCACUCCGAGUGCACCUAUAAAAUUGGUAAUAGAAAAGAUCUAACAUAAUUUCAUAAUUUUAUUAUAGAGCUAGUAAUCUAAAACAAUAUUAUUUCCAUAUUACAAUUAUAAUUAUAUUUGUUCUCUU